AUGCUGAGCAGCAUGGGAGCCGGACCUGCCCGGGACAGCAAUCUCUUCUCCAAGUCCUGUGUUCUACGCCCACGUUUCGUCAAAGCCAGGACCAACAGUCGCUGCAAGUGCGAACGUGCCGACGCUGCUCCGGAAGUGGAGCGUCAGCAGAGUACUGCCCCACCCGAGGGGGCUUUGCGAACCACCUCGCUCGCGACCAAGAAGCUGGGACCCUGUGGGCUGCGGUCGCGCGACCGCCACCGAGCCUCCUUUGUUAUGGUCCGGCGCGGAGAGUUAGGGAAGCCCUCCCGGCCCGGGGAGAGGGAGAAGCCGUGCGCUGCGCGGCGGCGGGGCGAGGGUGCUCGGGAGCCGGCGGCGGGAUUCGAACCCGCGUCGCCACCGCGGUGCUCCCGGCUGGGCGCCUUCACCUGCCCCGGGCGCCCGAACUGCAGUUUUCAUUUCCUCCGAUUCUGUGCUUGCCCAGAGAGGCUCGCGGUGUCGCAGCAGCGGCUGCCUUCCCCUCCCGAGCCGCUGCAGCUCCGAGCCUUCCCUCCCUCAGAGAAUAAGGGCCCCUGCUGUGAGCCUGGCCGCCGCAGCUCCGAUCGGAAGGCUCCUGGGUUGCUUGCAGCUCUAGGGUUGCACCUUCUCAGGCAGCCUCCUGGGGGUCAGAGGAGCCGCGCUGCCCUUGGGAAGCACAGCCGCCUGCCUCAUGGGCUCCUGCUCUUGGAGGCCGCCCCCGGCUGGGAGUCCCUGCUUCGCAUCACUGAGCACACCUCCACCGUUCGGGCGCCCUCACCGCGGGACCUGCAGGAGUGGGCAGAGGCAGUUGCUGGUCCCCUUCCCCCAGACGCCCUGCAAUCUGCAUUUUGCAAGGAUGCUGGUGCUGCUGGUCCAGAGCCCAGGGCUGCCGCGGCCCAGGGUGGGUGCGACGGCUCUGGUGGUUGUGGAAAAUGUGACUGCCACGGAGUGAAAGGACAAAAGGGAGAGAGAGGCCUCCCAGGCCUGCAAGGUGUCAUUGGGUUUCCUGGAAUGCAAGGGCCCGAGGGGCCGCAUGGACCCCCAGGACUGAAGGGGGACACUGGGGAACCAGGGCUUCCCGGCACAAAAGGGACACGAGGACCCCCAGGAGCAUCUGGUUACCCUGGGAACCCAGGACUUCCGGGUAUCCCCGGCCAGGAUGGUCCACCAGGGCCCCCGGGAAUCCCAGGAUGCAAUGGCACAAAGGGUGAGAGAGGACCUGUCGGGCCACCCGGCUUGCCUGGGUUCACUGGAAAUCCUGGACCACCAGGGCUCCCAGGAAUGAAGGGGGACCCGGGGGAGAUACUUGGCCAUGUGCCUGGGAUGCUGCUGAAAGGCGAACGUGGAUUCCAGGGACCCCCGGGGAUGCCCGGCGCUCCAGGACUGCCAGGGCUCCAGGGACCCGUGGGCCCCCCGGGAUUUACCGGACCACCAGGUCCCCCGGGCCCUCCUGGCCCUCCAGGCGAAAAGGGGCAGAUGGGUUCGAGUUUUCAAGGGCCGAAAGGUGACAAGGGUGAGCAGGGCGUCAGCGGGCCUCCGGGGAUACCUGGCCAGGCGCAGGUGAAGGAGAAAGGCGGCUUCGCUCCGACGGGAGAAAAGGGUCAGAAGGGGGAGCCUGGAUUUCAGGGAAUGCCAGGCGUCGGGGAGAAGGGCGAACCCGGAAAGCCAGGGCCUCGAGGGAAGCCAGGAAAAGACGGCGAGAAGGGGGAGAGGGGGAGUCCGGGCUUCCCCGGCGACUCGGGGUACCCAGGGCUCCCAGGCCAGCCCGGUAUCAAGGGAGACAAAGGCGAAGCUGGUCCUCCUGGCGCACCCGGGAUUGUCAUAGGCACUGGGCCUCUGGGGGAGAAAGGAGACCGCGGCUACCCAGGCCCCCCCGGGCCCAGAGGGGAGCCAGGCCCCAAAGGUUACCCCGGAAUUCAAGGCCAGCCGGGUCCCCCAGGCCUUCCCAUCCCGGGGCUGACUGGCCCUCCCGGCUUCCCCGGGGACAGAGGAGAAAAAGGCGACCGAGGAUUCCCAGGCGUGUCUCUGCCCGGACCCAGUGGAAAGGACGGGCUCCCGGGUCCUCCCGGCCUCCCCGGGCCUCCUGGGCAGCCAGGCCACACAAAUGGCAUUGUGGAGUGUCAGCCGGGACCGCCAGGCGACCAGGGGCCCCCUGGAGCCCCAGGACAGCAGGGAUUGACUGGUGAAAUUGGAGAGAAAGGCCAGAAAGGAGACAGCUGCCUCAUCUGCGAAACGGAAGGACUCCGAGGGCCCCCCGGGCCACAGGGGCCCCCAGGAGAGAUCGGUUUCCCGGGACAGCCAGGGGCCAAAGGAGACAGAGGCCUGCCAGGCAGGGAUGGCGUGGAAGGGGUGCCUGGUCCCAAAGGUGCACCUGGGCUGAUAGGCCAGCCGGGAGCCAAGGGAGAGCCUGGAGAGAUCAUCUUCGAUGCUCGGCUGAAAGGUGACAAAGGCGACCCCGGUUUCCCAGGACAGCCCGGCAUCCCUGGCAGGGCAGGGUCCCCCGGAAGAGAUGGCCACCCAGGACUUCCUGGCCCCAAAGGCUCCCCGGGCUCAGUCGGACUAAAGGGAGAACGUGGUCCCCCCGGAGGAGUUGGCUUCCCUGGCAAUCGUGGUGACAUCGGCCCCCCUGGACCUCCGGGACUAGGUCCAGUUGGCCCCAUUGGUGACAAAGGACAAGUAGGCUUUCCUGGAAAUCCCGGGCCCCCAGGCCUGCCAGGUCCAAAAGGCGAAGCAGGAAGGUCCUUUCCCUUACCCGGUCCUCCUGGCGCAGAUGGGCUCCCAGGGUCCCCCGGAUUCCCAGGACCCCAAGGUGACCGAGGCUUCCCUGGGAGCCCUGGGCGGCCCGGCCUCCCUGGAGAGAAGGGCGCUGUGGGCCAGCCAGGGAUUGGAUUUCCUGGGCCUCCAGGCCCCAAAGGUGUGGACGGCUUACCUGGAGACGCGGGACCUCCCGGAAGUCCAGGCCGCCCAGGAUUUAACGGCUUACCUGGCAGCCCAGGCUUACCUGGCCAGAAGGGAGAGCCUGGCAUUGGUCUUCCCGGGCUCAAAGGACUGCCUGGUGUUCCUGGCAUUCCUGGCACCCCUGGAGAGAAGGGCAGCAUCGGGGGACCUGGCAUCCCCGGGGAGCAUGGAGCAAUUGGUCCCCCUGGGCUUCAGGGCAGCAGAGGCGACCCUGGACCUCCUGGCGCACAGGGCCCUGCAGGCCCACCUGGGGCUCCGGGACUCGGUCCCCCUGGAGCCAUGGGCCCCCCCGGAGGACCCGGACUACCGGGGUCAUCAGGUCCUCCUGGAGUGAAAGGAGAGAAAGGAUUCCCUGGGUUCCCAGGACUGGACAUGCCCGGCCCUAAAGGCGACAAAGGGGCCCAAGGACUUCCUGGCCUAACGGGACAGUCGGGGCUGCCUGGCCUUCCUGGGCAGCAGGGCACGCCUGGACUUCCGGGGUUCCCAGGUGCCAAGGGAGAAAUGGGCGUCAUGGGCACCCCCGGGCAGCCAGGCUCUCCAGGACCAGUGGGCACCCCAGGAUUUCCUGGUGAAAAAGGGGACCACGGCUUCCCGGGCACUUCUGGACCCAGGGGAGACCCUGGCUUCAAAGGGGAGAAAGGUGACAUCGGGCUCCCCGGAAAGCCGGGCUCCAUGGAUCCGGUGAACAUGGGCAGCAUGAAGGGACAGAAGGGAGACCAAGGAGAGAAAGGACAAAUUGGACCCACUGGGGACAAGGGAUCCCGAGGUGAUCCUGGGACCCCAGGCGUGCCUGGCAAGGAUGGGCAGGCGGGGCACCCUGGACAGCCAGGACCCAAGGGUGACCCAGGUAUAAGUGGCACGCCGGGCGCUCCUGGGCUGCCUGGACCAAAAGGAUCGGUUGGUGGAAUGGGCCUGCCAGGAACUCCUGGAGAAAAGGGCGUGCCUGGUGUCCCCGGCCAGCAGGGCUUCCCUGGCUCGCCCGGAGAGAAAGGGGCAAAGGGAGAGAAGGGGCAGGCAGGUCUGCCUGGCAUCGGGAUUCCCGGGCGGCCUGGAGACAAGGGAGACCAGGGGCUAGCGGGCUUCCCCGGCAGCCCCGGAGAGAAGGGAGAGAAGGGCAGCUCUGGGAUGCCGGGUGUGCCGGGCUCUCCGGGCCCCAAGGGGUCUCCGGGCAGUGUCGGCUACCCAGGAAGCCCGGGCUUGCCUGGGGAGAAGGGUGACAAGGGUCUUCCGGGACUGGACGGCAUUCCUGGAGUCAAAGGAGAAGCAGGUCUCCCUGGGACACCCGGCCUCACGGGCCCAGCCGGCCAGAAGGGCGAGCCUGGCAGCGAUGGCAUCCCGGGGUCAGCAGGGGAGAAGGGCGAGCCAGGUCUACCCGGACGAGGCUUCCCGGGGUUCCCAGGGACCAAAGGAGACAAAGGUUCAAAGGGCGAAGUGGGUUUCCCCGGACUGGCUGGGAGUCCCGGAAUUCCUGGACUCAAAGGCGAACAAGGAUUCAUGGGUCCUCCUGGACCCCAAGGACAGCCGGGCAUACCUGGUGCUCCCGGCCGCGCCGUGGAGGGCCCCAAGGGAGACCGAGGACCGCAGGGACAGCCUGGCAUUCCAGGGCUUCCGGGACCCAUGGGGCCUGCAGGGCUCCCCGGGCUGGAUGGACGGAAAGGGGAGAAAGGGAAUCCAGGCUGGCCAGGAGCGCCCGGCGUUCCGGGGCCCAAGGGAGACCCAGGAUUCCAGGGCCUGCCGGGUAUUGGUGGCUCUCCUGGAAUCACAGGCUCUAAGGGUGAUAUGGGGCUGCCAGGAGUUCCAGGAUUCCAAGGUCAGAAAGGUCUUCCUGGUAUCCAGGGAUUGAAAGGCGAUCAGGGUGAUCAAGGUGUCCCCGGUGCUAAAGGUCUGCCAGGUCCCCCCGGCCCUCCAGGUCCUUACGACGUCAUCAAAGGCGAGCCAGGGCUUCCUGGUCCCGAGGGCCCCCCAGGUCUGAAAGGGCUCCAGGGACCUCCAGGACCCAAAGGCCAGCAAGGUGUGACCGGCUCGGCGGGUGUCCCUGGGCCUCCUGGCAACCCCGGCUAUGACGGUGCCCCUGGCCAGAAAGGAGAGACAGGUCCCUUCGGGCCACCCGGUCCCAGAGGGUUCCCGGGCCCCCCAGGGCCUGACGGGCUGCCUGGAUCCAUGGGGCCCCCUGGCACCCCGUCUGUGGACCACGGCUUCCUGGUGACCAGGCACAGCCAGACGACAGAAGACCCGCUGUGUCCGCCUGGGACCAAGAUCCUCUACCACGGCUACUCGCUGCUCUACGUACAGGGCAACGAGCGGGCCCACGGCCAGGACUUGGGCACGGCCGGCAGCUGCCUGCGCAAGUUCAGCACCAUGCCCUUCCUCUUCUGCAACAUCAACAACGUCUGCAACUUCGCGUCCCGCAACGACUACUCCUACUGGCUGUCCACGCCCGAGCCCAUGCCCAUGUCCAUGGCGCCCAUCUCCGGGGAGAACAUCCGGCCCUUCAUCAGCAGGUGCGCGGUGUGCGAGGCGCCCGCCAUGGUGAUGGCCGUGCACAGCCAGACCAUCCAGAUCCCGCAGUGCCCCAGUGGGUGGUCCUCGCUCUGGAUCGGCUACUCCUUCGUGAUGCACACCAGCGCCGGCGCCGAGGGAUCCGGCCAGGCCCUGGCGUCCCCCGGGUCCUGUCUGGAGGAGUUCAGGAGCGCGCCCUUCAUCGAGUGUCACGGCCGGGGCACCUGCAACUACUACGCCAACGCUUACAGCUUCUGGCUCGCCACCGUCGAGAGGAGCGAGAUGUUCAAGAAGCCCACACCGUCCACCUUGAAGGCCGGAGAGCUUCGUACCCACGUCAGCCGCUGCCAAGUGUGCAUGCGAAGAACAUAGCGAGGCCGCCCCAGCCGCGUCACAAAUGGUGCUACUCUUCCUCCUCCGCCGCCGCCGCUCCUCCUUUAUGUUUAACAGCAACGAACCCUAGAAGUAUAUCCUGUGUACCUCACUGUCCGUAUGAAACCGUAAAGUGCCUUAUAGGAAUGUGCGUAACUAACACGCCCGCUUCACUGGCCUGUGCUUGCUGAAGGAGAAGAAGGCAACGAUAAGCUUCCCAUAGUGGCAUCCAGAUGGCACUUGCGAUGAAUAGAAUUCCAACCCUGCUCCGACUCGAGCACUGAUGUGUGAAGCCGGAGCGCCAAGGUGCUAGGGGCGCGGUGCCACCGCCUGCCCGCCUGCCCGUGCUCAGCCUCGUAUUGUAAUAGAGGAAUUUUCUGCCCCAUACGAGUGUCUCUAGGGCAUGUCUAGUGUUCCCAAGUCCAGGGCCCCGGUCUGUGCGAAUCACAGAGAUGUAAGAGCAAAGCUCCAAACGCUCUGCCGGACUCGUGAACCAUCUGUCCCUCCCAGCCCCCGAGCACAAAUUCGUGUCUCUCCGCUCUGUGUGGUACUACGCAGCUCCUCCGGCAGAAGCCCCAACUUUCCUGUGGAAUAAAGAUGGUCCAAACGUAGUGAGAAAUUAAAUAUAUAUAUAUUUUAGUAAUUUAUAUAGAUGUCAGCAAUUAGGCAGGUCGAAUCCUAGUGUAACUCCACUGUUCAAAUAAAGCUUACCUAGUUCUCUUCUUGCAAAGACUGUGCUGUCCUUUAACACAGAUUUUCAAACACUCUGAUACCAAAUGUGAAACACCUGCUUUCCUUGUCCACUUCCAAACCAAAAUAAUGUGUGGCCCAAAGCAAGCCUGGGUUGGUGCACACGGUGUCUCUGGCCAAUGGAAUGUGCACUUUGAGCUGAUGGCUUUGACUCUAUUGAAUACUUUCAGGGUUUUAAACACUAACCACAAACUGAAAGACUUGACCUCAGAAGCACCCACGGUCAGGCCUGCCUUGCAGUAGCACCCCACUCGCGGCCGGUGUGGGGAGAGUGCUGCGGAGCCAGUGUCGGCGUUUCCGCUCAGGCACUUGCGGGCCACUUCCGGGAGCGGGGAGCCACGUGUGCCGGAGGGCAGAUUCGGACCACUAUGCUUGAAAUGACGUUUCACCUAAAGUCUCCGAAACUUUUUCAAGACUACUAAGGCCUUUCCUGUAAUUUCUUUACAUGUGUAUUUCUUAAAAAUUCAAAUUUGUAAUAAAACUAUUUGUAUAAAAAUUAA